UGAGGGGCUGGUGGGGGCCGUGCCAAGAUGGCGGCCGGGAGGGGGACAGGGGUGCAGACCGAGCGGCAGCGGAGCGGCGGGGCUGGGCUCCCGCACACCUCGCCCUCUCCUCCUCAGCCCUGGAGGAGACGGGCAGCUCCGGCACCCUCCGCCUCACCGGCAUGCAGCUGCGCGGCCAGCCCAGCAGCGACAGCGCGGCAGCAGAUGGAUGUUCGUGGAGAAGGAAAGCUGCCAGGGAUGAGAAGAUCACUGUUGAAGCAGGGCACACUGCAAACAUGAUGUGCUCUUUCAUGCUUGAAGCUGGGUAAACCUCCCUGCCUCAGCAGGUGGAAAGUGAAACCCAGGCCUGGAGCAAUUCUGGUGGCUCAUCCCCAGGUGGUGCUCCCCACUCCUCAGAAGCUCAUGGCACUUUUGGGCUUUGCUCUCUUUGUUUUGGUGAUCUCAGUACCACAUUUACACUGAAGUGUGGCCCAAGAGCCCCGGGGCAGCUCAGAAUAAAUAUCCUGCUCAGGUCCAAGAGCCCCGGGACAGCUCAGAAUAAAUACCCUGCUCAGGUCCAAGAGCCCUGGGGCAGCUCAGAAUAUCCUGCUCAGGUCCAAGAGCCCUGGGGCAGUUCAGAAUCCUGCUCUUGCUGAGGACACUCAGUGGGUUGGGGCUGGGCCCUGCCUGGAGCAGAGAAGGAUGGGAUUGCAAGGAGCUUCCUUCCAAAGUGGGAGAACACAAGGACCCUGAUGAGACAGGCACUGAGACUGUGCCCAGUGCCUGGCAGUCUGCCUCUGUCACAGCUCCAGGGGCACAGUCUGCUCCUGCAGCCCCUCCCUCUCUGCCUGUCCCCUGCCCCUGGGAUCUGCAUUUCCUGAAAAUAAAUGGAAUUUCACCCUUCCAAAGUUUGCCUCAAAGUGACAGAGGAAAAGCUUAAUAAAAAUGCCAAGGUCACAUUUUCCUUGCCUCCUAAAAUAAUGUGACAGAUCCAAUAUCUGCAUUAUUAACUAUGAGUGUGAGCUUGUUUUCUUUUUACCUGUUUUCUUUUUGCUUUCUGAUUUACCUGGGGCUGUUUUUCUUGUGCUGCACAAGCACAUGGCUGCAGCCACUCCUGAGCCUGUGGGCAGCAGCUCUCUGGGACCAGCAGUUAUUUAUUGUCUUGGCUAAAGGUGCCCUCUCACUGCAGAAAAUAGCUGUGUGAAUGCUCCUCUCUUGGCAAACAUUUCAUUCUGACAAAAGCCUCAGUGUUUUGCAGAAAAAUCCCUUUGCAAAGGACAUUGAUUGCUCUGCUUUGAACUGGAGCAAUCCUGGACAGGCUGAGCAGGGACAAGCAGGAUUUCUCCCAACAGCCCCACUGUCCUCACCUGCCAUUGGCAGUCCAAGAAAAGGCUGCAAAAUGUCACCAAAAUCUUCCAGGAAAUUAUUUAGCAGCAAUAAUACUUUUUAAAAAAGCAAAUUUUGAUGGAGAUGUCAUUUCAUGCAGCAGAUCACUUUGGUUUGUAGGUAAAAGCUAGUGGAACAGAGUGUGUGAUCACUUGGUGUUAGAAAAAAACCCUCAAAAAUAGCAUGUGUGGCAAAUUAGCUGCACUAACUGAGGUAUCAAAGACAGUUACUGAUGGGGUAAUUUGGGUUAUUUAAGUCUGUUCUGGGAAAAUGAGGAUUAGGAAGAGGCAUAAUUAAAAUAUGCAAAGCCAAGGGGAAUAGAGAAUAGAUAUUAAGUCACUUUAAAUUAGUAAUUCAUGAGAGGGUGGAAGGGAGAGAAAUGGAUGAAAUUAUGCUCUGAAAGGGCCCUGAUAUUCCAUUGUUGCAGAGAGAAAAGCUAUUCAGAGCCCAAGCACAUCUUCUGUGCACACAGAAAUUGGAGAGGGGAAGGAUUGAGGAGCUGUCUGUCCACUGAGGGAGCUGAUCCUGCAGGCUUCCCUCACAUCCAGGGAAUAUGUUUUGGCAGGGCAUCAGGAGUUUUCCAAGCUCUGUGUUCUGUACAGUGACAGCAGAGCUACAGGGGCUGGACCAGGAGAGUCCUUAGCACCUCAGUUAGGACUGUGAGAGGCAGUCUUUCCCCAGUGGUCCCUGGUGUGCUGAAAAUUAAUUCCAUCAGGAUGGGGUUUACCCUCUAAUCAGACAGCAGAGACCAUUUCAGCAAGAUGUUUUUGUUACUGAGCAUCAAAAGUCCAGUGCAAAGCUCCUGAAGGCACUGUUUUGUCUACCAAUAGAGAAGAGUUUUGUUAUGGAAUAAAAGAAUCACCAGCAAAUGAGUUUAGCCUUAAAUCCUUCCUCCAUGGAAGCACACAGUUGAUUUCCAGGUGAGUUCCAUACAGAAAUAGCUUUGCAUCAGGAGGAAGGUUGACAUCUCAAUGCCAUGAAGGGAUGCCAGGCUCCAGAAUGAGCAAAAUUGAGCAUCCAGCUGCUCCAGAAGCAGCCUGGGACCGUUCCACAGAGUGUGAACGUGCAGCUGCUGCCACUGUGAUGUCAGGGCCCGCUGGGGUGUCGCUGAAGGGUUGGCAAGUCCCCACAGUGCCAACAGACCCUGCCAUUCCUGUGAUCCAGAGCUCCUAAUGCCCCCUUCUCCUGGCAUUCCAGGAGGAUCCUCCUCCUCCAGGAGUUCUCAGCGGGCUGCCUGCAAACCAGCGAGGUUUUUCGCUGGCUUUUGGGUUAUGCUGCUCUGUGAGUUCUAGCACAAGCCUGCAGAAAUGAUCCCGCAAGUCGGUGCCACGGCGUGCGACUUUCUGUCUGCCGCCUCUGCGGUGUAUUUUUAUCCAGAUAAACCCUGGCUGGUGACAGCUCAUCUGGGCAAUCUGGUCAUCCAGUUAUCCAGAGGUGGAUACAUGACAGCCCCUCCUUUGAAGGGAGACUCUCACUCCUGUCCCCAGGCCACAACACUGCCACCAGGACCUCAGCUGGCUCCUUCCCUUCCUGGACAAGAGGAUAACGUGAAGGAGGUGGAUGAGGAACAUGCAGCUGUCACCUCAGGAGAGUCAAUCCACACGAGCUCUCUGCUGGGAGCUGAAGAUGCAGAUGAUGAGACAUUUCUCAUGUCUGACACCCUCAGCAGAAGCUCGGGCGCUCUGGACAAACCCAGGGUCCGGCCGCAGAAGAAAGUCCACGUGAUAGAGGAAGUGCUGGAACAACUGAGGGGCAUUGUGAACGAGGGGGACCCUAAGACCAAAUACACUGAAUUUGUUCAAGUUGGCCAAGGGGGUUUCGGGACUGUUUACAAAGCCACGGACCCAGCCACAGGAGAUGUGGUGGCCCUCAAGAAGAUGCCUCUCCGCAAACGGAGCAGGAAGGAACUCAUCGUCAACGAGAUCCAGGUCAUGAAGGAAAACAGGCAUCCCAAUAUUGUCAAUUAUAUAGACAGCUACCUGGUGAACGAAGAUCUGUGGCUCGUGAUGGAAUAUGUGGAUGGAGGCACUUUAACCAGCGUUCUUGUCCAAGUCUUAAUGGAGGAAAGAAUUAUAGCUGCUAUCAGCAGGGAGUGCCUCAAAGCCCUGGAUUUCCUUCAUUCAAAGAAUGUGAUUCACAGAGAUGUCAAAAGUGACAAUAUUCUUCUCGGGAUGGACGGAUCUGUGAAACUGACUGAUUUUGGCCUGUGUGCUCAGCUGACCCCGGAGCGGAGCACACGGUGCACAGUGCUUGGCUCUCCUUACUGGGUAGCCCCAGAAAUCCUGAAAAAAAAGGGAUACGACACCCAAGUGGACAUCUGGGCCCUUGGGAUUGUGGCCAUUGAAAUGCUGGAGGGAGAACCUCCAUACUUUAAAGAAAGCCCUAUCCAGGCUCAGCGCCUGAUCGCCCGGAACAGGUACCCCCCUCUGAAGAUGCCCAGCAAGAUGUCAGUUCUGUUCCACGCCUUCCUGCACUCCUGCCUGGACACCGACCCCGGCAUCCGCUGGACAGCCAGGCAGCUCCUGCAGCAUCCAUUUUUACGAACAGCCAUGAGCCUCUCUGUCCUGCCUGACAUGAUCCGUAUAGCCAGGAAACUCUGUAAGGCCAUGGAAGCACUCCAGGCCAGCAGUGCCAGCCCAGAGGAAAAGAAGGAAUAAAAUUUUCACUCCUUUGGGAGAUUUGCUCCCUUCUCACACUGGUUCCACAACAA